AUGGAAAUCAUCCAGACAUUGGUGUUAAUCCUUCUGCUUUCUCCUCAGAUCACCAUGUGGACAGACUACCAGACAGUGAAUGUCCUGGCCUACACGCGGAUGAUGGAGAAUGGCUCCAUAGACCAGGCAGUGGUUGUUUUGGUGAAUGAAGCCACAUUUGCAUACUUUGACCAGGCAAAAAACACAUUUGUCUUACGUCCCAGUGCAAGCGCCGGGUUCUCAGUUUUAGAAGGCAGUGAUCGCUCGUUCUGCAUGUAUGAGGUGUUAGCAGGAUUUUAUCGACAAACUGAUUACCUGGAGAAACUCAAACAAGAAACAAAUUCAGCAAAAUCACUUUUGGUACGCCCUUCAGUCAAUGUGUAUACUGAGUUUCCUGAACAACAAGGAAAAGUAAACGUACUUUACUGCUAUGCCACUGGGUUUUACCCUGGUGACAUUGAAGUAAACUUUUAUCUAAAUGGCCAAAAGUCCACUGUGAAAGCAGAGACCUCUGACUUAAUGUAUGGGGAAGACUGGACCUUCAGAGUGUACAAGUAUAUGAAUAUCACCCCACAGUAUGGAGACAAGUACACAUGUGAAGUGAGACACAGUAGUAUGGUUGAACCUAAAAUGACAGAGUGGAGGCCUGAAUUUUCAGUAUCCACAUCACAUCUCUACUGGGCUUAUUCACUACCUCUCAGCAUCCUGUUGGGCAUCAUGGUAUCUGUCCUGAUUUUAAGAAGAAAAUGCCGUUCUCAGUUAUAAUGGUGCUUUGAAAGACUAAACUGCAGCAUAUAUGUGCAUCUGUGAACUUUGUGGCUUAUAUAUCCUCCUGGGACCCAGGCAUAGACCUCUGUAGAGGACAUUAUAUUUGAGUGAAUUUCUCUACAUGCCACAUUUAGGUCUGGAUGUCCUGUUCAGAGCACAUUCAGGGCUUUUCAGAGAUAUCAAAUGUUUGGAGGUUUGAUCAUAAAC